AUGUUCACGCAUAAAGAUCAUUCUGCACUGUCCACUAGCAAUAAAGCUGAAGAAAUGAGUCAUCUGGCUAUAUUUCUGGUCUAUUUACUUUGGUUAACGAGAGCAAGAGUAUCAAGCAAUAUUGGUGUGAACUAUGGCCAACUUGGGAACAAUCUACCCUCUCCACAUCGAUCCAUUGAGUUACUAACAACAAUGAAAGCUGGCUGCGUGAAGCUCUAUGAUGCCAACCCCGAGAUUUUGAGGCUUUUAUCCACCACCAAGCUCAAAGUUUCCAUCAUGAUCCCAAACAAUGAAAUUUCAGGCAUUGCUGCAAACCAAAGCAAAGCUGAUGAAUGGGUGAGGAACAAUGUCCUCCCCUAUUACCCUAAAACAUUGAUCCGCUACAUACUCGUGGGCAACGAAGUGCUGAGCUACAAUUCAGAACAAGGACACCAAAUGUGGCAUGAUCUUGUUCCAGCAAUGCGAGGCAUAGAAAGAUCCCUUAUGGAUCAGAACAUCAUUGACAUCAAAAUUGGCUCCGCAUUAGCCAUGGAUGUGUUGCAAUCAACGUUCCCACCUUCAAGCGGUACAUUUAGAUCUGACGUGAGAGACAGCGUGAUGGCACCAAUGCUAGAGUUCUUAGACAGAACCAAGUCUUUUUUCUUCAUUGAUGCAUACCCGUAUUUCCCGUGGUCUCAGAACCCGUACAACAUCAGCCUUGACUUUGCUCUAUUUAGGGGAAAUUCCGGCGUAAGAGACCCUGUCACUGGCUUGAUCUACACCAAUUUGUUGGACCAAAUGCUUGACUCACUCAUCUUCGCCAUGUCUAAAUUGGGGUACCCAAACAUCAACCUCGUGAUAUCCGAAACAGGUUGGCCUAACUUCGGUGACAGAGAAGAACUUGGAGCAAACACAUUCAAUGCAGCCACAUACAACCGCAACCUGAUCCACAGAAUGACAACAAAACCACCCAUCGGAACCCCAGCUAGACCCGGAAUGGCAAUACCCACCUUCAUCUUUUCACUGUUCGAUGAAAACCAAAAGCCUGGUCCAGGAACAGAGCGACACUGGGGCCUACUACGUCCAGAUGGAACACCAAUUUAUGAUAUCGACUUAGCAGGAAAACAACCCAUGACAGAUUUAGCAGCAUUACCAGCUCCAAACCACAAUUCACCUCACAAAAAAAAUGUGGCGUGUGGGGCUGCUAGGCAAAAAUAG